AACCGUUUCACUCAAGCCUGUGGUUAUCGAAGCGAAAGACUUGGACUCUGACUCUUACUUCCUUACUCUAAUUCCAGAAAACUUGAAACCAUGCUAACUUCCUUCCCCGUUCUCCUCUUUGUUUUGGUCUCUCUCACCGUCACAAAUGGGUCUCAGCUCAUACUAGUAAACAACUGCAGGGAAAGCAUAUGGCCCGGAAUACUGGGUGGUGCAGGCCACUCCACCCCUAAAGACGGUGGAUUCAAUCUCAACAGUGGAGAAGAAGUGGUCCUUGACUUGCCCGAAAAGUGGUCAGGAAGGGUAUGGGGAAGGCAAGGUUGUCGCUUUGAUAACAAUGGAAAAGGCAAUUGCGAGACCGGAGAUUGCUCUGGCAUGUUACAUUGUCGGGGCACAGGGGGCGUGCCACCGGCAACGGUGGUGGAAAUGACACUUGGGACAUCCGCCUCUCCCUUACAUUUCUAUGAUGUGAGUUUGGUUGAUGGAUUCAACUUGCCAGUUUCCAUGGCGCCUGUUGGUGGUGGAAUUGGCUGUGGACGCGCGGCAUGUGAUGUCGAUUUGAACAUUUGCUGCCCAUCUGCACUGGAAGUGAAGAAGGGUGGCAAAGUGGUGGGCUGCAAGAGCGCCUGCUUAGCCAUGCAAUCGGCCAAGUAUUGCUGUACAGGCAACUACUCUAACCCGAAAACUUGCAAGCCCACGCUCUUCGCCAAUCUCUUCAAAGCCAUCUGCCCAAAAGCCUAUAGUUAUGCUUUUGAUGACUCUACCAGCCUCAACAAAUGCAGGGCUUCACGGUAUCUCAUCACCUUCUGCCCUCCCAAAUAAGGAAUAUUGUCAGGGUGCACUCAUGGCUCGGUAAGAAAGUCAGUGGUGUUAGCAAUGAAGCUUCUUGUGGUUAUCCGUACUUUCUACUUGAAUCGUCUGUUGUUGCAGUCUUCUUUUUCUUUUUUAAAGUUAGAUUAGAUUGUAUGAUUUGAUCUUGUUCAUCAAGUUCUGUUAGUUGGAAACACUAGUUUCCUGCUGGGUUGAGGCCUAGUAAUAAUGUUUUGGCAUGUAUCCAGUUCAAAUACGUUCAUCAGCUUUAAAGUUAUUUUUAUUCAGUAGACGUGUAAAUCAUUUUGCUAUAGCAUUCUAAGAAUAAAAUGGUUUUCAUGUCUACUAUUGAA